AUGAUAACCACUCCUUUAACGUUCAGUAAUGAAUCAUUUUCAUCGGCGUUGCCUACCAAGCCACAAGUUACUGUUAAUAGCAUACCCCUUUCAUUUUUAAUCCAUGCAAUCAUUCUAUUUAUUGUAUCUGGUAGUGGAGUUAUUGCGAACAGUGCUGUUUUCACUGUCAUUCUACGAUCUAGCAAGCUACGCUCGAUGAAUACAUUUAUGUUGUUUUGCAAUUUAGCUGUGGCUGAUUUCCUUCUAGCAGCAUCUGCUUCCGUUACUGCUAUCAUCUUAUUAAAUCGCGGCUUGUUUUUCAGUUUGUUCAUGUGUAAAGCUUUAUCAGUAUUACAAACCACUACAAUUACUGUCUCAGCUUUAACCUUAGUAAUCAUUAGUAUCGAUCGUUCAUUAGCUAUAGCAAAGCCAUUCUUUUUUGAACAUUGGUGCGUUGCUAAAGUCAUUUUAGCAGCGAUUAGUGUAAUCUGGAUUUUAGCUUUUGCUUACGCAGCACCUCUACUCUAUUAUGCUAUUUUAACACCAAAUGGCAACUGUUUCAUGCUGAUGGGGCCUCACAGUGCAACUACCUACCAAAUUGUUGGAACAAUUAUACAAUUUCUACUACCAUUAUUCGCUGGAAUUAUUUCUUAUAAUGUUAUUAACAGAGUCUUAGGUAAAUUAAAUGCGUUACCGGGUUAUUUGCAACCUGAUCUAAAUCGCUUAUCAAAAGCGAAACAUCGUGCAAAGACAGCUUUUAUCGUUAUCAUAGUUUAUGUCAUCACUGGUGUUGGAUUUUAUACUUUAUCCAUUGCAGAACUAGGUCUUCGGCCAUACUAUAACAAAGAUCCAGCGUUAACUGCUAUCAUAUUUAACCUAUCACUUGCAUUUAGAACUAUUGCUUAUUCCUCAUCUCUAUGGAAUCCAUUUAUUUAUGCGGCAUCGAGCAAGUCUUUCCGCCAAAGUAUGAAUUUUAUCCGAUCACCAGCAUCAGUUGGUACAGCACCGAAAAGUUCAUCAUCUGUUUCUCGCGAAAGCCAAUGUGCUUUUAAAUUAAUGCGUCGAGACUAUCUUGCGUCACAAAUGCUUGGGCCUCCGAAUGGCUCCAUUACUACCACUAGUUCUGACCGCCCAGAUGAAGUGGCAGACAAUAAUAUUAAUAUUUUCAAACCGCAAGAUUCAAUCUUUACCUCUUUCGUCCGUAAAUGA